AAGGAAGACAAAGGGACGAACGAGUCGUCUAGUCUUUCUCUCUUCCUCUUGCCGUCUCCUUCAUUUCUUCUGACCGAAGCUUCCGAUUCUGCGGUCUCUCUCUGUAUACGCGGAAUCGGAAAAUUACCGCUUACCUACCUUCCUUCCUUCUUCUCCGAUUAUUCUCGCCGGCGCUGCUAACCUUUUAAAUUGGAGAAGAAUUGAGGAGCCAGGAGAUAGAUAAGGAGAGAGGGAGCUUCGCGUCAGCGAUUUCCUCGUUUGUUAGGAGGGGGGCGGGAAGGGGAAGCUUACUAUGGGGACGCCGGCGUUCCCAGAUCUCGGUAAACACUGCUUUGUGGAAGAAUGCAAGCAGCUCGAUUUCUUGCCUUUCACUUGUGAUCGCUGCCGCCAGGUAUUCUGUCUGGAUCAUCGAAGCUACCUCAAGCACAACUGUGCAAAGGCUGAUAAGAAGGACGUCACAGUCGUUGUCUGCCCACUCUGUGCCAAGGGAGUUCGUCUAAUCGGCGACGAAGACCCAAACAUCUCAUGGGAGACACAUGUCAACACAGAAUGCGACCCUUCGAACUACGACAAAGUCACGAAGAAGAGAAAAUGCCCUGUCCGAGGCUGUCGAGAAUUUCUGACAUUCUCAAACACAAUCAAAUGCAGGGAUUGCACAAAGGACCACUGCUUGAAGCAUCGAUUCGGCCCUGAUCACACCUGCCCUGGUCCCAGAAAACCCGAUGCAGGCUUCCAAUUCAUGAGCCUUCUCAGCAGGAGCAAAAAGGAAGAACCGCCAAGACCCAACAACCGAGCUCCUUCUACAAACACAUCUCCAACAACAAGUUGGACCUCAAACUUCCUAAGUGCAGCAUCCAACGCCCGAGCCUCUGCUGAAGCUGGAGUGUCAAAACUGAGCCGGGAACUGAGCCAAGUGUGGCUGACAGCAAAAGAUGGCAUUGGGCCAAGCGGCGGCAGCAGCAGUGGUGCAGGAGCAGGGAUGGACGAGGAGUGUCCCCAGUGUGGUGCAAAAUUCGCGUCGGUUAUGAGCCUAGUCGAUCACGUAGAGAACGUGCACGAGAAGAAGAAGAAGAAUCAACAGUCCCGGGUUUUGAAGUUGCCUGUAGAUGUGUGUCCAAAGUGUAGUAAGGGUUUCCGCGAUCCUGUCGACCUUGUGGAUCAUGUGGAAAGGGACCAUGGCGGUACCUCUAAAGCUUAGAAGGUUUCUGUUGCAGGUAACUUUUAGUUGGAGCUGGGAAAGGAGGUGUGAUUAUUGAGAAAUGUGAACUGUAAUUUGGUCUGUAAAGCUCCUUCCUUUCUCGCUUAUUUGAACACCAGAAAUGUUGUUCUGUGAGUUGCUGGAAAUGGAUUGAAGGAGGGGAAAGAUUGCACCAUUUUUACUGAUAUUGCAUCCUUAAAGCUUUGUUCUUUAUCCA